GCUGCAAUUGUAGGAGAGAGCUGCAGAGAUGGCCUAACAGAGUCCCUCCAGCUUUGGGUAUGCCAGUUUCUCAUCCAUAAAAUGGGGUCGGAGGCAGGAAGAUAGACAAAGAAGGGAGCUAGGUUGCACUGAGGUGGACGGGAAAUCUCUGUAGUGCAGCCUGAGUUCGAGACUCCCUCUUUUGUGACUGAGGGUGCAUCUUGGAAAGCAUGGCUGCAGUGAUUACUUGGGCCCUUGCCCUCCUCUCAGUGUUUGCAACCACGCAGGCACGGAAGAGCUUCUGGGAUUACUUCAGCCAGAGCAGCCGGGGCAAAGGCAUGAUGGGCCAGCAGCCAAAGCUGGCACGGGAGAGCCUGAAAGGUAGCUUUGAGCAGGACCCCUACAAUAUGAACAAUUUCCUGGAAAAGCUGGGCCCCUUGAGCGGGCCCGGGAAGGAGCCUCCCCGCCUGGCGCAGGAUCCAGAAGGUAUUCGGAGGCAGCUGCAGCAGGAGCUGGCGGAGGUGAGCGCGCGCCUGGAGCCUUACAUGGCUGCGAAGCACCAGCUGGUAGGCUGGAACUUGGAGGACUUGAAGCAGCAGCUGAAACCCUACACAGUGGAGCUGAUGGAGCAGGUGGGCCUGAGCGUGCAGGAGCUGCAAGAGCAGCUGCGCUUGGUGGGAGAAGACACCAAGGCCCAGCUGCUGGGGGGCGUGGACGAGGCGCUGAGCCUGCUGCAGCAAAUGCAAAGCCGAGUGCUGCACCACACGGACCGGGUCAAAGAGCUCUUCCAUCCUUACGCAGAACGCUUGGUGACCGGCAUUGGGCACCACGUGCAGGAGCUGCACCGCAGUGUCGCUCCGCACGCGGCUGCCAGCCCCGCGCGACUCAGUCGCUGCGUACAGACUCUGUCCCACAAACUCACACUUAAGGCAAAAGACCUGCACACCAGCAUCCAGAGCAACCUGGACCAGCUGCGCGAGGAGCUCAGCGCCUUCAUCCGCCUCAGCGCAGAUGGGGCAGAGGAUGGAGACUCCCCGGACCCUCAAGCUCUCUCUGAGGAGGUACGCCAGAGACUCCAGACUUUUCGACAUGACACCUUCCUGCAGAUAGCCGCAUUCACUCAGGCCAUUGACCAGGAGACAGAGGAAAUCCAGCAACAGCUAGCACCACCCCCGCCUAGCCACAGCGCCUUUGCUCCAGAGUUGGGACAUGGGGACAGUAAUAAGGCCCUGAGCAGACUGCAGAGCCGACUGGAUGACCUGUGGGAAGACAUCAGCUAUAGCCUUCAUGACCAAGGCCAUAGUAAUCUGAAAGAGCCCUGAGGGUCACUCAGGUUCACUCCCCAGCUCAUUGUCUGGGGGAUCCCUGGACCCUGAGCCUCUAUCUAGCAUGGCCUAAUGGGCAGUGGGGGAUGGGUCCUGCUGCACAGUAUAUGUGAGGCCACCAAAGGGACUGUUGUCCCGGCCUAUUCAGCCUCCUCCGUUCCCCCACUCAGGUGCAUUACACUCAGUAGGUUUUUGCAA